AUGACUACACUCGAAUCUCUCCCUGUUGAGCUGAUAUCUGACAUACUCAGUGAACUUGACCUCGAAACGCUUGUCAUCGUGUCAAACCUGUCUACACGGUUGCGGUCUGUGACGUCGGAUCCUGCGCUGAACCCCUGGCGACGGCCUAUCUCGCGCUUCCUGUAUGCCCCAAGCUCGGAGAACACGGAAAAGGAUGCUAGGUGUCUUGUCUCGCUCAGCGUCAGGCAGUAUGUGCCACGCCAGAACUGGAUAGAUAUCCUCUCUAUGGCCGAGCCGAGCUUUAUCCUACUACGCGCAACUAUUCCUCACCUGAGCUUGUUGCAUUGGGAGGAGUGCUUUCGCAGGAGGUUCCUUCCGAGCUGGGUAAAAUGGAAGAAGGAUGGUUCAUGGCGAGAACUGUACUUCCUGCUACUUCACCGUGUCUGGCACAGGUCUCGGACUUUUUGCUCUUCAGAGGAAUCAUGGACGAAGUACAUCGUCCUCAACCGUAAUGGCUCCGCUAAUGAGCUCGAAUCAGCCGCUCGAAGCUUUAACGCACUCGCCAUGUUUGAUCAGCUGAAGAUUCAGGCAAACCUUGCCCAAUAUCACACCUGCGCGAGAUUAGUUGUCAGCUUCGCGGAUGUUCGCAUCAUAGCUAUCGGUGUUCUCCGACGAGCUCACCAUACGUAUUCGAUCAAUGAUAACGCAAGGUCAUUCUUGCAUCCUCCUGGCAUUGAGCGCUCGUUUGCCGAGGACAAAACGAGUACCGGUAGAGGAGAAGAAGUUGGCACGGACGGACAUCAUAAUUUAGCCGAUUACCGGGCUAGAAGUAACUACACCCGACUAGCACACCCAGCUCCGUCGCUGCCUCAUUGUCAGUAUCCUUUGUACACGCCUGGUGGCAGGGACACGCGUUGGCUAGGAGACGGUAUGGGCGAAGAGGGAGGCAUGCAUUGGGUGGGUCCGCUCAUGGUGACCGCGCAAAUUACAGGGGGGAUUGAGGAUUUGGCUGAUAAUGAUCUACCUCUACAAGGUCUAGACCUCCUGAUCGGACCUGGGCACAACCGCUUCGCCUCUUUCGUCUUUCAGGAUUUCCUCGCGAUUGCUCCUUGGAUGGAGGACCGGAUAACCAAGUUUAUUCAAGGGCAGGGUCUAGGAAACUAAUCGCCGGAGCUUUCUUUCUCUCCAUGUCUGCAGUUUCUCUGUCUGGCUAUUCUAUCGCCAGGUUUAGAGACGUUGCAUCUGUAUGUCUCAAGCAUAAUGAAUCUGACUCCAAGAUUGACUUCGCUUCGUGCCUUCCCACGGUGAUCUUGUUUAGCUUUUGAAGUGAGACACCCUCGGUCUUGUUCGUGCCAAAACCACAUGGCGAAUGGCACGCGACCACAAAGAGGCUCGAUGCAUGACGUUCUCUCUCUAGUCACCGGCUUUGUUGUGCUUCUUUUCUUUAGCCGGAGUUCGUGGCUUCUUCAUUGGCGCUCAGACAAGAGAGCCCAGGACUCGGGUUUCUUUCGGCGCUGAAUUACCGAGUACCACUCAAAGUGGCAGGGGUAUAAAACCGAGAGGGCCCUCGGAACGGGUCUGUAUCUGUCCCAGACCGCUGGCCGCCUCGAUCCUUUGACGUAGCAGGACUUCGUCCCCCCACACUCGUUUUCACUUCACGCUCUUUAUUUUUAUCGAAUUAUGUCUCCGGUUAAAACCAAAGAUUCAUGUCUUCGAUGCGGCAAGGUAUUCUCAAGGCGUAGCGAUCUUGGGCGCCAUGUCAGAACGGUCCACGAAGGUUAUAGGCCAUAUCAAUGUACAUGGCUCGCGUGCAGUUACUUCGCUAGCUCGAAAUCGGCACUCAAGGCCCAUCAGAACACACAUGCCGGGGUGAAGCCUCAUAAAUGCCCGUGCGGAACCGCCUUCAGCGACCCUUCGGCUCUCUCCAGACACAAGCGGGAGGUUCACUUUGAAGGUCUUCUCUGUCCCAUGCCGCAAUGCAGUAAGACUAUUAAGCGCCGAACCGAAUUUAUAAGCCAUGUGAAGCGCCAUGGCAUCGAUCCGUACACAAUCCCCAGCGUGGUAGCAAGCGCGGGACGACGUCGCCGCCGCAUGUCGGUCGAUGAUGAUCUUCUGGCUUUCAACCUAGCCACCUCUGUGGAGACAGUCGAGCACGAUUCGCAGGCGUGGGACUCGGCUCCUGCUACUCGCUGCCCGUCUCCUGCAGACUCGUUCGACAGCGCAUGUACCCUUGUCAACUUUGAUGCGGAGCCUUCAGCCUCGGUUCAGUACAAGGUUUCGCAGGCGGACUUCGACUCAUGUCAAGCGCAAGCCUGGUCAGACUCGCGAUCGGCGUCACCAAGUUUGCCACAGAAAAUGUUGGAUCAAUGCGACGGGAACUUCUACCCGCAAGAUGUCAUGUAUUACAUGGGCGAGCAAAACGUCGAUUAUUCCAACUUGCAGAUGAAGUCGCAGUCACUAGACGCUUCGCAGGAAUUGUGGAACGAGAAUCACGAACAAUCCUUCUCUGCGCAAGAUUUUCUGGCUUGCAUGGGUGCAGAGUUUCUUAACGCGUUGUAUUUGCAGUCGCAGUCGCAGCCGCAGCCGCAACUCCAGGUCCCAGCAUCACUUCCGUGCGACGCAGCAUAUUCCUGCCAGGCGCAGGCCUUGCCACAUUCUUCGCUGCGUCCCUUAGGCGUUUAUACCCCUGACAAUCAGACUGCGUGGGGAAUGCAAGCCUUGAAUUACUUGAAUUCAGACAGUUAUUUAGAUUCGUACUAGUAGAUGAUACCAAUGCU